UACCCACUCGCUCGGUAUAUCACCUUACGUUUUGUGCUGAGUUGGUUAGUCCAUGUUCGCGGCGACAAUGAUUCUCCCAAUGCUCGCCCUUCCCUUUUUGCUAUGCUUACUACAGUAUGCGGAAAGUGACAAAGUGAUUCGUGUGAUUCCUAAGAACCACGAGCACAUGCGUGUCAUCCGGGACUUAGAGUCCACCGACAAGUUUGACUUUUGGACCCAUGUAAGCCAUGUCGGCAAACCUGUUGAUAUAAUGAUCCCAGAGAAAGACUUCAACACCGUCUCGCGUCAGAUGAGUGACAAGGGAAUCCCAUUCACUGUCAAUAUCCCGGAUGUGCAUAAACUGGUGGAGCAGUUCGAGAGUAGACGCGUGAAGCGCGCGGCAUCUUUCUCACACACAGAUUACAACAGACUUAGCGAGAUUAACGACAAGCUGAAAAGCCUAGAAUCAAAGUAUGGAAAUGCUCAAGUCCUUACUAUCGGGCGUCGACGAACAUACCAAGGGCGCUAUUUGCGAGCAAUAAAGGUGAAAGGAGCUUACAAGCCCAACAAGCCAGUAUUCUACUGGCAAUGUGGAAUUCACGCGCGUGAGUGGAUCUCUCCUGCAACAUGCAUGUACGCCAUAGACCAGAUGGUGACAAAGUACGGUAAAGACUCGGGUAUAACCAGCAUGUUAGACAAAAUGGACUUCGUUAUUCUCCCAGUAGUCAAUCCGGACGGAUACGAGUACACGUGGACAAAAGGGAAUCGACUCUGGCGAAAGAACCGCAAUCCAAAUAAUGCUGACUAUGGAACAGACCUGAAUAGAAACUGGGACUAUAUGUGGGGAGGAGCUGGAACGAGUGGUGAUGGUCAAAAUUCAGUGUACAGGGGGCCCCAUCCCUUUUCAGAGGCUGAAACAAAAAAUAUCAGGGAUUACUUGCAGAGCGUGAGUAACCUCAAGGGGUUUAUCGACAUGCACGCCUACUCUCAGAUGUGGUUCACUCCCUGGGGCUACACCAGCUCUGUUCUUCCCAAACACUACGACGAACAGAAACAAGCCGCAAAAGCUGCUGUAUAUGGGAUAAGGAGGGCGGGCUACAACACGAGGUACACAUACGGGUCCUCCGCUAAGAUUCUGUAUCCUGCUGCGGGUGGCUGCGAGGACUGGGUCUAUGGUAAACUACGCGUAAUGUACUCGUUCUCCGUGGAGCUUAGAGACACCGGAAGCUACGGUUUCUUGUUACCGGAGGAUCAAAUCAUUCCCACAGGCCAUGAGACACUGGAGGGCGUUAAAGCAUUGGUCCGCCAUAUGAAAGUGUAACAAGCGAUAAUAAUAGACGUUUUCGCAGUUAAAUUAUAAUACUUGGGAGGACUGUGGUUUUACGGCUCAAACGGCCUUGCGUGCGCCUCUCUUUUUCCCGCCAAAAGCAAGUAAACAACACCACACACGAGACAGCAACAGUUUAUAAAAGUUAUUUAAUACUUCAUUGCAUUCCCGCCAAGAUAUGGUCAUUUAAGCCUCCCUUUGGGGUAAAAUAAAGGCCUAACAAGUAUUGUAUAUCUAACCGCGAGGUCUAUUGAUCCAAAAGUGAAAAAAAGCGAUAACAAAUAAAAAAGGAUAUAAAAUCAAA